UCAAAGCACAAACACGCGCGUCUUGCUUUUGAAGUUUAUUUCUCUCACGCCUAAAACGAUGGAUGUCACUGUGUAAUGUUGAAGAAACACCUCGACAACUCCUGCACGAAGUCUGUCCAGUAUGAAGCAUUUGAUCAAUGAACGGAUCUGCGCUUUAUUCCGCGACAACUGGCAGCAUACAUUAACUUACUGGAGUGUGUUCUUCAGUUUUGGACUCUGUGUCGCUUUUCUGGGUCCGACCAUAUUGGACCUGAGAUGUCAGACCCAGUCCACGUUACAGGAGAUCACACUCGUCUUCUUUUCUCAACAGUUUUUCCUCUUCAUAGGAAGCACCAUCGGAGGAUUCUUCAGUAAAACGCUUUCAUGUUCAUUAUCGGCAUUGGCAGUGUCCACUCUCAUCAUCUCUGUGGUGUUUGCCAUCAUCCCGCUAUGCCAUCAGUUACUCAUGUUGGCAUUUGCCCUGGCAGUGUCUGGUCUUGCCAUGGGCGUCAUUGACACCAUAUCUAACCUACAGCUGGUCAAGAUCUACCAGAAAGAUUCCACUAUAUUUCUGCAGGCUCUUCACUUCUUUGUAGGUCUCGGGGCAUUGGUGAGUCCACUGAUCGCCGACCCAUUCCUCUCUGAGACCAACUGUGUGAUCGGAAACAACAGCGCGAAUGCCACAUCACUAAGAGAUCUGAGAAACAAGCUGGCAGGCAGACACGUUCACAACGUGUCCAACGUGCACCUGCACACCGACGGCGAAGUCACCACGAAUGUUUCCUACGCGUUCUGGAUCAUGGCUCUAACCAACCUGCCUGUACCCAUCGCAAUUGUAAUCCUCAUGUACCAUGAACGGGUGUUUUCAUGUGCUUCGGACCACAGUCGUCGCCUGCUAGAUGGAGACGUGCUGGCAAUGAAAACCUGGGGAACCACAGGACAGUUAGAUGACAGCGGCCAUCAGAACGAAAAAACUGAAAGCCUUUUAGACACGUUCAACUGUUGUCUCCUUGGCAACAAGCACGGGUUUCCUCUUUCUUUCUUCGGGAUUCAUAUCCUCGGGGGUCUGGUGCUCUUUUUCUCAGACGGUAUCGUGGGCUCAUACACAGGGUUUGUCUACGCCUACGCGGUGUCGCCCCCUAUGAAUCUACCUCACAAGACGGCCGGCUACUUGACGUGCGUCUUCUGGGCGGCCAUAACUGUGGGCCGUCUGUCUGCUAUACCACUGUCUUAUCGCUGUAGACCCAUCCGACUCCUGACCGUCAGUCAGGUGGGUGUGAUAGUCACGCUUCUCCUGCUGCUGGUUUUUUCAAACAGCAUCGUGUUCCUCUUCAUUGGCACCUGCUGUCUGGGCCUUUUCAUCAGCAAUAUUUACCCCUGCAUGCUCGCGUUCACCGAAGACGUCCUGGAAUACAAGGGCUGCGCCACAACUGUUCUGGUAACCAGUGCUGGAAUGGGAGAGAUGUUACUUCAGGUUCUUGUGGGAUCGGCGAUGCACAAUCGCGGCAGCUAUAGCUUCCUGUUGAGUGGAAUGAUCUUCGGCUGCUUGGGAUUUACAAUAUACAUAUUGCUGUUCUUUGUUCAGCAAAAUCACAAAAGCUUCACUGAAGCUUUGCCCAAUAAUUCUCAGAUGGAAAGACUUGAGGAAAAUGGGAUCAAGACCUGCUCUGGUACUGUGCUGAACUCGUGGGAGAUCUCCGAGCAGAAAUCCUCCAUCGAUCCAUAGCAAAAGCGCCCGAGACGAUGGAUGAAAAUAUGACAACCAUAAAGGGACGAAUGACCUGUUGACAUUCCUGUCAUCAAAAGAAUAUAUCUGUGGACUAAUAUGCAAAUCGGUGACGAUGGACAGGUUUGAUCUUAUAGCAUAUUAGGCCACUGAGAAAGUGUUAGAAAUCUGCGAUCUUGAACAAAAAAAAUAUUUUUGUAUUUAAAUACUUUUGAUACAUGAACAAUGUGAUGAAAGAUCUUAUAUAAUGGUGUAGACAUCACAAUAUAAUUAUGCUCAGUGAAACUUUGUGCAAUAAAAUUGAAAAUCAAUACAAAUUAUAUUUAUAACAGAAAUUGUUUUGUGCUUAUUGUAAGAAAAAAGUUGAUCAGUUGGUGCUUGUUUAUAAGUGAUGAUUUAGAAAGGAUCAAAGCAGAUAAACAAAAAAAGGAUUGUUCUAGGCCUUAUUUGCGCUAAAAUUAUUCUCCCGUCCAUCCAACUUGUUUAUACAUUAGUUGACCAUUUUUUCUUUCCCGCAACCAACAUCCAUGUUGAGAAAAUUACUUUUAUUGCCAUCCUGGAAAAGUUUUGUCAUGCAUCCAGGUCUAAUGGUCCCUCUUAAGUACAGGUGGGUGAAUCUAACCGCCUUGUCAACAUAUUUUUCUUGACCUUUUAUUAAAGUGCUCGUGAGUGUCAUUGUUAACAUAACAGCAUCCUUAAUGGUGUCAGCUGUAAAAAACACAGAAACGAAAUCAUAGUAAUAGGUUUUUUUUAUUAAAAAUGGCCUUCCCUUCUGACAUCCACAGAUUGGUACAACAUGUACGGCAAUAAACACAGAUCUGUAAA